AGGUGCGAGCCGCUGCCGCUCUUUGCCCUCGCGUCGCCCCGCCGAGCCGACCUACGGGUUCCCGCGCGGCAUGAACCGGGUCCAGCGCGGUGGAGGAGGUGGCGGUAGCGGGGGAAGCCGCGGCCUCAGCACUAUGGAAGUGAAGAGCAAGUUCGGUGCAGAGUUCCGACGGUUUUCUUUGGAAAGGUCAAAACCUGGCAAAUUUGAGGAAUUCUAUGGAUUACUUCAGCAUGUUCACAAAAUACCCAAUGUCGAUGUCUUAGUUGGUUAUACAGACAUUCACGGAGAUCUCCUACCAAUCAAUAAUGAUGACAACUACCACAAAGCAGUCUCUACUGCUAAUCCUUUGCUUCGGAUUUUUAUUCAGAGAAAAGAAGAUGCAGACUACAGUGCCUUUGGGACAGAUACCAUGACAAGGAAGAAAAAUGUCUUAUCAAAUGUGCUGCGUCCAGAUAACCAUAGGAAAAAGCCACACAUUGUUAUUAGCUUGCCACAAGACUUCAGACCAGUGUCUUCUAUUAUAGAUGUGGACAUACUUCCAGAAACUCAUCGGAGAGUGCGGCUUUAUAAAUACGGAACUGAGAAGCCUCUAGGAUUUUAUAUACGUGAUGGCUCUAGUGUCAGAGUUACACCGCAUGGGCUAGAAAAAGUUCCUGGUAUAUUCAUAUCCAGGCUAGUUCCUGGAGGCCUGGCUCAAAGUACAGGCUUGCUGGCUGUUAAUGAUGAAGUCUUAGAAGUGAAUGGUAUAGAAGUUUCAGGAAAAAGCCUUGAUCAAGUUACAGAUAUGAUGAUUGCAAACAGUCGUAAUUUGAUAAUUACAGUGAGACCAGCAAACCAGAGGAACAAUGUUGUCAGGAACAGCCGGACUUCUGGAAGCUCAGGACAGUCUACUGAUAACAGCCUUCCAAGUUACACUCCACAUAUUGUGCCACGCUAUCAACCUGAAGAAGAAGACAGCGAUGAAGAUGAUAUAAUCAUUGAAGAUAACGGCGAGCCACAGCAAAUUCCAAAGGCUGCUCCAUCCAGUGAAAGCCUGGAUUCACUGACACAAACUGAAACCCUUCAUGAAUCCAUGCAAAAUGGCUUCAUUUCUUCCAAGGAAGUAAACUUGUACUGUUCAACAAGCAGCAUUAACGUGGAAUUUAAAAUCCAGGAUUCUGAACAAAAGACCUUAGAAGAAGAUGGGACAAUCAUCACAUUGUGAAAGUACUUCAUUUAGUUUUUCAGAUUAAGAGGCCAAAAACGAUAUUUGGCUACACCUAUACAUUACAUACCUCUCAAUUACUAUAUUUCAGUGGCUUUUUAUAUUAGCAGAAAGGAGUUGUGAUUCACUUCAUUUGUUCCAUUUUGAUAUCUAGCUGAAUAAUAUUUUUGAAACAUGGGCUGGCUCUCUUACAUUUUCAAGACAGAACAUGAUCCCAUUACUCAAAAUCCCAUUGCUUAUUUAUGUACUUUUUUCAUUUACAAGAACCAGUUUUUGGUUCUUUUCUUGGGUCUAUCUGCAUAUUUUUAUUUCAUUAUACACAUCUUGAAGUCAAAUCCAGCCCAGAGAAUGCCUUAUUUCAGCCUAAAAUAUUAAUGAAACAAAGUCAUUCAACAUGAGAGAUAACCAUUUUAACCCAUGUCCCAAUAUGUAUUAAUUAAAAGGUUAUAAAUGAUUUAUAAUGGAUCAGUUUCAGUUUUCAUAAAUCUUAAUGCAACUAUUCAUACAACUAUACUUUGAAUUUACUAAUGUAAUGGUUAGUUGGGAGCUAUAACUAUUAUUUUCUUUUAAAAAUUAUGAGUCUUUGACUGUAUUGCGAUUUAUUCCUGGUGCUGGAGGAAUAAAUUUGCACUGGAUAAGGUAACUUAUUAAAAGCCAAUUAAAUUGUUUCUCUGGGUCUGUCAUAUAUAGUUAUGUACCCAUUCAGUGAGAAAUGGUGUGAUCAUAAAUGUUGCAAUGCAGUCCAGGCCCAUUAAAAGUAGUGGGAUUUUCUGUUGACUUCAGUGGUUGUUGCAGAAUGUGAUGUCAGGACCUGGCAUCCUUGGGCAACUGCAAGAGCCUUGACCAACCCAUUCCUUUUGUCCUGCUCCCUAUCCGUUUUCCUAGUUCAGUAUUCAGACUAAGGCUAGAUGGUUGGAUCUGUCUGUCCCUUUAAUUCCCCACUGUGACCUAACUUAGCAUAGUUUGGGUCAUUCAGUGGAAUUAAAAGAAUGCUCACUUCUGCUUGAAGCUGUACCAGUACAACCGGGUGAACCACCAAGGUUCCUUAACAGAAAAGCAAGGCCAUUAAAGAACAUUUUGCCCAGGGGCCACCAAGCCCAGAAGUUGACCCUGUGGGGUUUUACUGUAUCUAUAAUGUGAAUGUCUUUUGUGUGUUUUUAAUUCCAAAUGCAAGUCCUAAUGAUAGAUUUGGCAAUCAGGUAUGUUAUAUAUAGAGGGUUUUUUUUUUUUUUUAAA